CCUCAGGAUCCCUCCAAGAAUCCUGCUCUGAAGCAGGUCUCUGUGCUGGAACACUUUGGCAUGCUCAGGCUUGCAGAGGGAAUGUUUGAUUCCCCUGGUGAAGGGAACAUGCUCCAAGCAUCAGCAGCACUGGGGUGAGGCAGUGGGAAGGACAUUGUGCAUUCUGGUUUGCUCUUAUAUAAAACAUAAAAACAGCCAAGUCCUGUCCUGUGUGGCUCUGUGCUGGGAUCACAGGAGCAGGGAUUUUAGUUGGUGUUGAUACCUGCUGUGAUCUCUGUUCCCUUUUUUUGUUCUCCCUGCCAGGUACUCACUGCAGAUUAAUCUGCAGAGCUGGUGUUGCAGCAGGAGUCAAAACUGCUCCUGGUAACUUCAGAGAGACCCCAAACCUCCCUGGGGGUCACUGCCUAGGGUUGGUAAUGCUGCAGUGAGCCUGGGGUUAAUUCUGUUUUGUCCUCUGAGAUCCAUUGAUUUUCAUCAGGAUUUUUCUGGAGCAUCCCAAAGUCUCCUUUGGUCCCCUUUUAAUGGGAUGAGCUCAGAGCUGGUGACUGCUGUUGGCAGCAGAACUUUACAGUAACAGUGUAUAAACAUUUAUUUAUGCAUUACACAAAUGAAUUUAUACAUUUAACAGUGUAUAAACAUUUAUUUAUGCAUUACACAAAUGUAUUUAUACAUUUAACAGUGUAUAAACCUGGUGUGUGGCUCCAAUUUUAGGACCUGGUGAGGGAAAGUCCCACCCUCCCUGUCUGCUGUCACAGAGGUUGAGAACUGACUUUUGGUUUUUUUUUUGGUCACAGGGGCUGGUGCCUCCCUUCCUGUAGUACUUAAAUUGAGUUAUUAAUUAUUUUUAUUAACUUCCAUUCAUACCUCUUCCCAGUUGUGAUUGCAGAGUGUUGAAAGAAGCCCCUUCUGCUCUGCACAGAUACAGCCCAGGGAAGGUUUGUGGCUGCAAAACCACUCCUGUUCUCACCAGAGCCUCGUGCUCCUGCUUGUUUAUGCAGGAUGGGACAAUCAUUGUGAGCAAAACCAAUCAAGUGAAAUUUAUUCCUCUGGAAAGAUCUGCCAACCCAAGAUGACGACGGCCACGCCACUGACCAAUGACACCGAGCUCUCAGUGAAUGUGACCACAAAGUCUCAAGAACAAAUUCUCUAUCAAAGUUCUGGAGCAAUAAUUGCUGCCAUUGUGGUGGGGGUGAUUAUUAUUUUCACAGUGGUUCUGCUCAUCCUGAAAACGUACAACAGGCGCACGCGGGCGCGGCGGGAGCUGGAACCCAAAGCCUCCAAGCUGGCAGUGCCACCUCCUGUGGGACAGCAGAGCCACAGCCACAGCCUGGCCCAGCAGCCCUCGGUCACCUUCAUCCCUGUGGACAUCCACCUGCACAGCAGGUAACCAGGAACUCAGCCUCCCUGUCAGAGAAGAGAUGGAAUUGUUACCCCACGGAGCUGGGGCUGCUCAGAGCUGCACUCACAGAAAGCCUGGUGUCUGUUUUUGGGAGGGAAAACCAGAGUCUGGACACUUUUCCUUUAAGAGCUUUAAGAACCAUCAGGAUGGCAGCAAGGACUCUUGUGGGUCUGCAUAAACCAGGAAGAGAAUGCCCAGGUUCUGUGGAACUUUUGCUUUGAACCUUCUCUGUUGUGCUGAUAAACAGGAGGGAAAGUCUGAACUGCACCAAAGUCAGGUUGGACCUGAGUUUGUUACAAGUUCCAUGGAAGAGGUUUGUGGUUUGUUUUAUACUUGAUGGGUAGUACAGGAGCUGUCAAAAUUGUAUUUAUCUUUACUUAUAUUUCAUGUUUCUGAUGCCAUGUAUGUACAGGCUGAGGAAAAAAAGUUAUUUCUUAUUUUCAGGUAUUUUUAAGCUAUUUCUAUAAACUCUGUAACUCCAUUUCCAAAGGAACUCGGUGUCUGAGGGGUUCACUCUCAAUUCAGGUUCAUGCUUUGUCUUAGGCAAAAUCUGAGCUCUUUAACUGAAAAAAAAAUAACCAUGGAAAUAGAAAAAACCAGCUUGGAUAAAGCAAGGGAGGCUCUGUGCAGACCCACUCACCCUGCAAGGAUUUGUUCUCUGGUGCUGCCCAACUAUUUUUAGCAGUUUUUAAUUCUCCAAACCGAGUUGUUUUGUGAGUGUGAGGGCUGUGGGUGUCAGCAGAGGCACAAAGGAAUUCCCAGGGACACUCAGGGGUGGGAACACAGAGCAGCAUUGUCAGACACUGACUGGCAGAUUGUCUGGAUUUUCUAUUUCAUAUUUUCUCCAAUAUGAUCUCUUGAGCAGGUCAGUUUAACUAACUGGUAAUUUUUAAU